UAUUGGUAUUGGUUUCAACGAUCGCUUCCAAGUCUCGUUCGGGCUACGUUGUGCUAUUAUAGAACGCAGCUAUAAUUUCAGGCUAUGGCGAGUUCCGUGGACCUUAAAGUUGUUAUCCAACACAUCGUAAACGGUACCUUGGCAGAUAAUUUGUGUCUAAUUUGCUUGAAGCCGCUGGAUGAGCUGAAUGAACAUAUUUUGACUACAAUAUGCAAAGAAGGAAAGGAAUAUUGCAUAGCAGAUGUUUUAGAGCAGGUUUGCCAAGUUAAGUUUUCAGAUGUAAUUCAAAACAGAGUGUGUUCCGAUUGCUUUGUAACAGCAUCAGCUGCCUAUAAAUUCUUUCUCUCGACCAAGCGGAGUCAAGAAAUCCUAAAUUUCUAUACAGAAGAACUGCAACAGAACAUGGAUUUUAUUAAUACAGACUUGCAAAACUCUGAGGACUCAAUCUGUAUAUCUUUGCCAUUAUUUACCCCAAGUAUUGAAGCAUAUGAUUAUGAUUUAGAAGGCCUAGCACUUCAGAAUAGCCGUGAUAAUGCUGAUGAUAAUUCUGAUAGUGAAAAGCAUACUUUUGCUAUCAAAACUGAAGACUCUAUUGUGGUAAAAAAAGAAGUGAUUGAUGAAGAUGAUGAUAAUGUUAUUGUGGUCAUGAAUGAUAAAAAACCUUCUUUUUUAAAGCCUCAAGAUGGGAAUUUAGUUUUAGUUGAUAAAGUUGAGGAAAAGAAAUAUAUGAAGAUGUUUGGAUAUUCUGAUAAAGUUAAAAUUGAAGUUGAGGUGGAGAAGAGUAAACAGCGGAGGAAACGAAGACCAAUGUCGUACAUGUUCUGCAGUCAGUGCCCUGUGAAGUAUAGAUUUGGAGCUAAAUUGAAGGACCACAUGAAAACUGAACAUAACAUUGAUUUAUUUCUUUGUCAGGUAUGCAAAGCUACAAUGGAAGAUGAACAAGAAUUCAACAACCAUUUAAAAACCCACACAAACACACACAUAUGCGCAAUCUGCAACAUGGUCUUCAAGAAGAGAGACACCAUCAUCUCCCAUCUCAAGAAACAUGAAGCCAUGGACCAAAGCACUAUGGCUGGCUCACAUAUCUGUGAGCUGUGCGGGCAAGUGUUGGCAGACGAGGAACAUUUGAGACAGCAUUAUGAGAAGAAACAUGAUAAGAAGUAUACUUGCUAUUAUUGUGGAAAGAUGUAUAAAGGAGAAAUAAGCUUUGAUAGCCAUAUAAAGAAGCAUGAAGAGCAUUUGCGAGUUAAAAAUACGAACCUAACCCCAGCUACCAAGCCUCAAGAGAAACCUCCAAAGAAGAAGAAGAGAUUCCACUGCGACCUCUGCGGCGGAAACUUUGUAGACGAACGGGCCCUUCUGUGGCAUACGAGGUUACAUACUAAUGAGCGCCCGCAUAUCUGUGACAUCUGCGGACGCGGCUUCGUGUCAGUGAACCGCCGCAACCAGCACGCCAAGUGCGCGCACUCCGCUCCGUCCCGGCGCUGCCCGCUGUGCCCCUCGCUGUUCCACCUGCGCUCCAUGGUCAACACGCACAUCAAGAAGGUGAGCUACAUACAGGUGUCUGCAGACGCGGCUCGGUCAGUGAACCGCCGCAACCAGCACGCCAAGUGCGCGCACUCCGCUCCGUCCCGGCGCUGCCCGCUGUGCCCCUCGCUGUUCCACCUGCGCUCCAUGGUCAACACGCACAUCAAGAAGGUGAGCUACAUACAGGUGUCUGCAGACGCGGCUCGGUCAGUGAACCGCCGCAACCAGCACGCCAAGUGCGCGCACUCCGCUCCGUCCCGGCGCUGCCCGCUGUGCCCCUCGCUGUUCCACCUGCGCUCCAUGGUCAACACGCACAUCAAGAAGGUGAGCUACAUACAGGUGUCUGCAGACGCGGCUCGGUCAGUGAACCGCCGCAACCAGCACGCCAAGUGCGCGCACUCCGCUCCGUCCCGGCGCUGCCCGCUGUGCCCCUCGCUGUUCCACCUGCGCUCCAUGGUCAACACGCACAUCAAAGAAGGUGAGCUACAUACAGGUGUCUGCAGACGCGGCUCGGUCAGUGAACCGCCGCAACCAGCACGCCAAGUGCGCGCACUCCGCUCCGUCCCGGCGCUGCCCGCUGUGCCCCUCGCUGUUCCACCUGCGCUCCAUGGUCAACACGCACAUCAAGAAGGUGAGCUACAUACAGGUGUCUGCAGACGCGGCUCGGUCAGUGAACCGCCGCAACCAGCACGCCAAGUGCGCGCACUCCGCUCCGUCCCGGCGCUGCCCGCUGUGCCCCUCGCUGUUCCACCUGCGCUCCAUGGUCAACACGCACAUCAAGAAGGUGAGCUACAUACAGGUGUCUGCAGACGCGGCUCGGUCAGUGAACCGCCGCAACCAGCACGCCAAGUGCGCGCACUCCGCUCCGUCCCGGCGCUGCCCGCUGUGCCCCUCGCUGUUCCACCUGCGCUCCAUGGUCAACACGCACAUCAAGAAGGUGAGCUACAUACAGGUGUCUGCAGACGCGGCUCGGUCAGUGAACCGCCGCAACCAGCACGCCAAGUGCGCGCACUCCGCUCCGUCCCGGCGCUGCCCGCUGUGCCCCUCGCUGUUCCACCUGCGCUCCAUGGUGUCGUGACUAAAUGCUCGGUAGCUAAUCCCAGGAAUUGACAUGAGCACUAGUUUUCACGAAAGCAUCUACAUCUGACCUUCCAACCCAGAAAAUAAACUUGCCUUUGCCUACAGGGAAUAGUUUGGUUUUGACACGGUGACCUUCACCGAAAAGCGAUUGGUAGAUAUCAAAUAAUGAUUUGUACAGUGAAGGUAUUAUCGAUACGAACAACGUGCCUGUAAUAUAUAUACACGUCUUUGUCCGGGGUACCUAAUCAUUCUCCGAAAAUAAUUCGCAGAUUAUCGAUUCGCAGACAACGAUUCGCCGAAUAUCGUUUCGCAGAGUGAUCCAUUUGUAGAUGUAACUUUAGGCCGACUAACGUUACGCAGACUCUUGGUUUACAUACAGUUCAGUUCGCUUCUGUGUAAAUUAGCAGAACUAUUAUUGGGCGAUUUUCAUUUGGCAGAGUAAUCUUUUCGUUUAAGGAAUAUUUAGUCGAUUAAAGUUUCACAUUUUAUACAUCGU